GCCAAUAAAUCCGGAGCUCCGCGCGCUCAGCCUCACAUCCCUCUGCUCUAAGAUGGCGACUGCUCCAGAUUACAGUUCCUACAAUCAGACCACGGCCCAGCAGGGGUACGGCUCCUAUGCAGCCCAGCCUUCUCAGGGAUACGGACAGUCGGCACAGCAGGGUUAUGGCCAGCAGAGCUACAGCUCGUAUGCCCAGCCUGCCGCGGCAGACACGGGCUACUCUCAGACCACCCCAGCAGCGGGGGGCUACGCCCAGCAACAGCAGCAGUAUGGCUCCUCUUAUGGACAGCCAGCAUCAGCUGGAUAUCCGGCUGCACAGUCAAGCACUCACGGGUACUCCCAGUCUGCUCAGAGCUAUGGGACCAGCAGUUAUGAGAGCACUCCCGCUGCUGCGGCUCCGGCUGCGGCCCCGUCCUAUGGCUCUCAGCCGGGCUACACCGCUCAGUCAACCUACCCUGGAUAUGGCCAGCAAGCUGCUCCUACUGCCCCUCAGAGUUACAACGCCAGCAGCCAGCCUUCCAGCUACAAUCAGAGUGGCUACUCUCAGCCAGCGGCGUAUGGCCAGCAGCAGCAGCCCACAGGCUACUCGGCACAGCAGGGAGCUUACAGCCAGCAGCAGAGCAGCUACCAGCAGCAGCCCCAGCAACAGCAGGCCCCUCCGUCAACGUACCCUCCACAGGCCUCUGGCUCCUACACCCAGCCUCCUCCCAGCCAAUACAGCCAGCAGGGCGGACCACCAAGUUACAGCCAGUCUAGUCAGUACAGUAGUUAUCGGCAGAAUGGCCAGGGGGGCAGCACUGGCUACUCCAGCAUGGAGUCGACCCGGUACCCAGGGGCCGGAGAGAGCCGGGGCCCCGGCCGGGAGGGCUUUGAACGCGGUGGCAUGAUGCAUCGGGGGCGUGGAGGCCCUGGGCGUGGCAUGAGCGGCGCUGGAGACAGAGGUGGCUUCAGUAAGCCUGGUGGACCCACCGAAGGAGAGCGUGAAAUGGCGGUUCCCUCUGCAGGCCGGCCCGAGGAGCAGGAUGACUCUGAGAACAGCACCAUCUACAUCACAGGACUCACAGAGACGGUCACCAUUGAGGAGAUGGCCGAGUUCUUCAAGCACCCUGGACCAAUCAGGAUGAACCGUCGUUUGGGACAGCCAGCCAUCAACAUAUACACCGACAAGGACAGCGGCAAACCCAAGGGAGACGCUACCUUAUCAUACGAGGAGCCCUUCUGCGCCAAGGCAGCGGUGGAGCACUUUGAUGGCAAGGACUUCCAGAGCCGCCGGCUGAAGGUCUCGAUGGCUCGCCGUAAGCCCAUGAUUGGCGGGAUGAGAGGGGGCAUGCCAAUGAGGGACGGCAUGAUGGGCCGUGGAGGUAUGAUGGGCCGUGGGGGCGAGCGCGGAGGCUUCGGGCCCCGGGGAGCCCCCCGUGGAAUGGGCGGUCGGGGUGCCCCGUCGGGGGGUAACAUGCAGCAGAGGGCCGGAGACUGGGAGUGCCCCAACCCUGGCUGUGGCAACCAGAACUUCGCCUGGAGGAUGGAGUGCAACCAGUGCAAGGCUCCCAAACCAGAAGGCCUGGGAGGUGGACCUCCCUUCCCCCCUGCAGGCGGGGACCGGGGGAGAGGUGGGAUGGGCAUGCGAGGCGGCAGAGGGAUGGACCGUGGCGGGCCCGGCGGCGCCGGGGGACCAGGAGGCCCAGGCGGCCCUGGGUUCAGGGGGGGCUGGGUGGGUGACCGUGGGGGAUUCAGAGGACGAGGAGGCAUGGACAGAGGCGGCUUCAGAGGCGCCCCGAGGGGUGGACCCCCCAUGGGCGGCAGAGGCGGCCGAGGGAUGGGCCCGCCUGGCAAGAUGGACAUGAGGGACCAUCGCCAGGAGCGCAGGGACAGGCCCUACUGAGACGCCACUCAGCUGCUUUCGGUUCGACGUGGGAAUCCAUUUUUGAAGAGGAAUAUUUUAAUUUAUGAUUCCAUGUAUCGAUGGUUGUAUAACUGCUGUAGAAUACCUUGGUGCAGUCCGUGUAACUCAACGUUAUUCUAGUGUAGUUGGAGUGUUUUAGUUAUCAUUUUCCAUUGUUUAUCUUCCAUCUUGUAUUUUUGCAUGUUUGUUUUUUGCUUUUUUAUUCUAGAUCUCACAUGUAUUGUAAAAUGCUUUUUUCUUAAUCGUUACCAUGAUUGACCCCUCAUUCCCAAAGUAAACUAGCAAUUGUGUGAUAACAACUUGGAAAUAAAUUGUUACUGUUUUCACAGUAAACUUGUAUUUGUUUUUCAGAACUUGCUAGUGGGCAUCUAAAUUUAUAAUGCCAAUUUCUGAGCUUUGUAACUAAAUGCAUGAUAUUUGCUUUAUACUGAACCUUUAAAUAAAUACCACUUGGAAAUGAUCUGUUAGUUCACAUUU